AUGGCUCACACCCAUAAUCCGAUUACGACAGCUUUUAUUAAGAGGGUGGAGUCGAUGAAAAAACAAGCUGUGUACGCAAACACAAUUGGUCGAGAUCCCAGACACGUAAUUGAGGAAGUGGUCGAGGAAAACGCCGAAGAAUACAAUCCUCACGCCUCCUACUACGACGGAGGCGAAGAAAAUCCACUGAAAACGGGCGACAAUUGCAAUCCUGGUGACCAAGUCGCAUUAGUACUUGCGCCACCGACUAAAUACCACACAAUGGCCGUUGUUCCUGGACACUGUGUUCGAGGAUUUCUCGAUGUAUCCUCGUUCAUUAUCUGUCUAGUUCUUGUCAUUAUUCAACUAGGACUUCUGGAUUACUACUAUGUCGCAGUACUUUCGGAUAAAAUAUGGUACUCAUGGAUCGGCGCUGAUGCACUUGUCAUUGUUGUAUUGUUGUGGUUGCUUGUGCUCGCUAUCAGGUACAAUCAAACUCAAAUGGAGGAGGUGUGUUCAGUUGAUGGCAAAGUAAAAUUCGCAUGGAUAGGUUGGCUUGUCUACUCCCUAGUGUUGGUGGGAAAAGUUGCCACAUGUUUCCGUCUCUUCUAUUCUGAACUGCCUCCCGGACCACUCGACAAUAACGACAAGCAUUUUGAUGAUCACCUGUUCAAGCUUGGACUCUCCUUGUCGGUGCUGAUCUUCCUAUUCAUGCUUGAAGCACAUCACUACACGCCUCUCAUGAGCGCUCGCCAGCUUUACAUAACUUAUCUUGUCACUGCCAUUUGUCUUGAUCUUGUCGACAACAUUUAUUUCCUUGAUCUUCUCUGGCAAUCAUUCAAAGAUGGCUGGAAUCUACCUCUUUGGCUCGAUCUUACUAUCUUAAUCCUUGCAUGUCUAAAUUUUGUUAUGCCGACAUUCGCACUUCUUAAACUUCGAUUUGGACGAUAUCCGCGGCUCUUGUAUGUGAACGAUAAGAUCUGGAGUCUGAUAUAUGUGCUCAUCGUCAACGGACCAUUCCUCGGUCUUCGCAUCUAUCUUUACGUAUUUUUGGAGAUCCAGCAAAGAGGCAGACACUACGAUCUCAGUCUUUUUGCAGUCAAAAACAUUGCCAUGACGUAUUUGGCCGUGCGCGAGAUAUGGACCCGACUCCAGUACUGGCGAAUGAAACGAGCCAGUUCGUUGCGCGGUGAACACACAACUCAACAAAACGCAGACACUGAGCACUAG